AAAAAAACUAUGGAACAGAUGAAACAACAGAUGAUGCAUGUUUUGGACAUCCAGCUGCCAGACGACACCGAAUACAUGCACGUAACAGACCUGUCCACUGAGGUUGACAUGUGGAGGAGACACCAUUGGCAGAAUGGCUACCUGUCCCGUCCCCAGGAGCAAGGUGUCCACGUCACAUUGUCAGGAACCCCUGUGGACAAGGAUCUGGUACAUUUGGCAUCUAAAUGCAAGAAGAACCGGACGGAUUAUUGCCAGGAUGUUGUCAUUUCCAAGGAUGUUGGUCGUAUCCAUCGUCUGGAACCAGUCUUCAUAUUUACCGCAGACCGUGAUAAAUAUUUUGACAUCAGCCGCCGGAGAAAUGAGGACAUUAAAGCAGUUAUCCUUGGGGACAUUGAGGUGAUCCGUGACAUGGGUGCCGAGGAUGUGGCGGAUGCCCUGUCCUUAACCUACAACAGGGACAUCAAGGACAGUAGGAAAAGCCUCUUAUUGACAUUCCUGCGUGAUGUUGCAGAGGUACUGCAAAACCUGACAGAUGUGUUCGAUACCAAUGGAACCUCUGGCGGCCCUCUGCAGUGAUGGCGUUGCUUUCAGACGUCAGAAUAGAGAAUGAUGUUCAUUUUAAUCAGGUAAUAUAUUUUAAACCUCACGUAUUCGCCUUACAAUGUUGCUUAUGUCACAAAUAUUA